CGCGGGAGCUGCAGCCAGGUUUGGAAAGGGAAAAAGUAUUUAUAUUAAAUUAUUACGUGUAUAUAUAUUUCUGGUACUUGGUCUGUUAGUGUCCCUUGUAUGCCUUUGGGAGUGUGUGGCUCCUAAGGACAUUUGAGACGGAUGGAAGUUAUGGCCGUUGUCUGCUCUCGAUCUUUACUUUAAUCUGGGCAGAGAAACUCCCUAUGGUUGCCUCAUGAACAGCAACUAGCACAAGUGCUCACGGAGAGAGAGAGAGAGAGAGAGAGGAGGUGCUUUGCGAUUUGCUUUCUGAGGGUAUUUGGAGUCUUUUUAUAGAAGUCCUCUUCGCUCUAACUGUACGGCAGAAUGACAGCUGUCUCGUCGGAGGAGGUUGGCAUCAAGGAAGAGGGACACCUGUCGCAAGUGGAGAAGGAAGAAUGUGUUACAGCUACCGCAUUUGCUUCGCGAGAGAUGGAAGCGAAGGAGAAGCAGCCACAGCAACAGGCGGAAGAAGGCAGUCGGUCAGCCGUUGGAGUGUCUAGUAAGGAGAGAGAAGAUCCGUAUAGUGAUAAAGACCCGUAUACUGUGGGGGACCCCAACACUGAUGGGGACCCGAAUAAAUUCGAGAACGAGGACAAGAAGGGGGGCGAGCAGCUGGAGGCAACACAGGCGGAAGAGGUUACCAUUGAUGGACAAAGCGACGGUGGGGAGAAGGGCAAACAGGGGGAAAGCUCAACGCCAGUAGAGGGCCUGAAGGAAACGGCUGCGGUGGAAGCACCAAAUCCCGAUCCCGCUGCUGGGAACGAGUCUGACGACGGGGCACCAACCCCAUCCGACCCCUACACGUCUGAGGUUUCGGUGGAUGAGGAACAACUGCCUUCCACUGAGUGCUCUGUGAAGCUGGCGUCGUCCGAUCAUCCCACGAGCGAUAGCAACGUCGUUGCAGCUGGUGGCGACGCGAAGGCAGAAGUGACAGCGAGUGACGCCGGCAUAGCGACGGCAUCUGCUCCCAAGGAAACAUCGGCGACUGCCGAAGAGGUGCCUGCGUCUGCAUCUGCACCGUCAGCAUCGGGGACGAAAGCGCCUCUAUCCUCUUCGUCUGCUUCAGUUCCCGCAUCGGCGGCGUCGGAUCCGGGGACUGAGAGUAACGUCGACGUUGCAGCUGGUCCGGGUGAGGCAGAGGCGGAGGUGGCAACGGAAUCUGCUCCCAAAGCGGCCUCGCUGGCAGCAGCCGAUUUGCCCGUUUCGGUAUCUUCUUCCUCCCCCUCGACGGACGGUGAUGCUUCGUCUGCACCGCUGGCGGCGGUAGCGCAAACGCUGGUGUCCCCUGGCGCAGCCGGCGCGGCAGCAGAGGCGCAGGUUUCCGGAGCAACGGAGGCGGCUUCCCUGUCCGGGGCUGCUGCCGGUGAAGACGCGAAGGAAACGGGGGUGGCUGCUUCUUGCCCAUCGCAGGAGAAGGACGUCACGGUGUCUGCGCUCCCUAUCUCCGCAUUCUCCAAGCUAUCUGCUGAGUGUUCCUCGUCGGCAGCGGCAGAUGCCUAUCAGGCUGAGCCUUUCCAGUUUGUCAAAGCGACGGACAGUGAGCGAUCGGGGCAAAAUGACGAUUCUGAGGAUUGCGCGGUUCUCGCUCCGGUUACGGAGGAUGAUGGCAGCGGCGGCGAUCUGUCUUCCUCGUCUGUUAAGGAGGAUGAUGGCAGCGGCGGCGAUCUGUCUUCCUCGUCUGUCCCGCUCGAUGCGGAAGUGGUCAAGGUGGUGGUGGAGACGCCGGCUUUGUCCGCUGUGCGAGCGUUUGGUUCCUGCGUGCCGGCGAGGACGGCCAACGACGAGGAGGAAGGUUGUGAUGACAGCGGGAAGCAGAAGAAGAACGUGAGCGGGGGGGGGGGCGCGCGAGUCCUCGCUCAUCCCCCACGUGGAGAGGAGGUUUUUUACCGAUACCACAAUGCUGCGCCCCCAGCGCCGUUUGUCGGGUCGGCUCCUGUCGUGUUGCACGGUGGAGUUGUGAAGGGAGAGAGGAUAACGAGGUUCCCCGGUGACCUGGAGCUCGCCGACACAGACAUUCCGGCGGACCUGCGCUGCAGUCUUUGUUCGUUCACGUUCAAGAUGGCGAUCAUCGUCGCGCCGUGUGGACACUCGUUCUGCAGGGAGUGUUUCGCCCGCUACUCGAGCAUGGUCGGCGUGGAAGACCUCGUGUGUCCUUACGUCGAGGAGGAUGGCUGUCAGUGCGACGAGAAGCUAUUUAAGGACGUUGCCGUCGACAUCAAGACGAGGGUGGCCGUGGACGAGAUUCCCAUGCGGUGCCCCAACGGGCUCUCGUUCAACGUGCUGGAAGAGAUGUUCGAGAAGAUCUCAUCUUGGGAGGGGGAGGGAUUGGAAGACUGGCAGAAAACGCUGAAGAGGGAUGCCUGCCCGGAGGUAGUGCCUUACCUGCGGCUGAACGAUCACGUGAGGGAGUGCGCCUACCAUCUGGUUCGGUGCCGAAACAGGGCUGACGGGUGUAAUGAUAUCAUCUUGCGCCGGGACGUUGACACGCACGAGAUGUCGUGCGAAUACCGCUUUGAGCAAUGCGAGCUGUGCGACGACCGGAUACGGUGGGUGGACAGGGACAAGCACGCCACGGACCAGUGCCCUUUCCGUGAGGUCUCCUGCCGGAAUUCUGACUUCGGAUGCACAUUCAAGGGUGUUAUAAAGGAGCUGGACACGCAUCUGCUCUUGAGCUGCCAUUACGAACGCUGCAGAGCAGAUUUCGAGAAGAUGCAGUCGACGAUCGCCAAUCUGCAGCGCCAGAAGGAGAUUGCUGACGAAAAGAUUGCCAAGUUAGAGUUGGAUCUGAAGGCCAAAGAAUCGAAGAUUGCUGACGUGGAAGGAGCUAUCAAGAAGAGGGACGCGACCGCGCGAUCCGGCGUUGACCCCUCUGCGUCUUCCGCAGAAGUGGGGAAGAGCGGGUCGUUCAAACAGUGGUUCAGAAGGGGCUCAGGCCGAUCUAGGAGCACCCCCCAAAGACGGCUGACGUUUAGCUGCGGGCCAAUUCCCGCCGGUGGUGCACAUAGUUGAGGGGGGGGAACUAACAAGGGGAGGGUGAAGUGGACGACGGGGGAGGGGGAGGGGGAGGGGGUUGCGAUGGGAAGGGGGAGGAGGUUGGGAUGGGAAGAGGAGGAUGUGUGUACAUUCUGAUGCGUUGGUUAGGGAUUAGGUAGGUAGCCCGUGUU